CCUAGCUAAGCAUGGCGGAGAAGGACGAGAAGGUGGGCGUGGGUCUGUCCUCCACGGGGCAGUUCGACCAGGAUAUCUACGGCUCCAGUCGUGAUCGCUUCUCUGGCUACAGCGCGACAGUCACAGAAGAGGGAGACGAGGGUGAUCAUGAACAACGUGCAGAUGACCAUCACUCUCGAGCCAAGAAAACGCAGCCUAAUGACGGGCUUAUCGACGACAACUACGACCCGUUCGCCGAGGCACGGGAAGCCAAUGGAUCAGGACUCGUCAACACGCGCAUCGUGGACCGCGAGAACGCGUACCGUAAGCGGCGUUUCGAGCGCAUGUUGUCUCCCGAGCGCGGCGAUGCCUUUGGGGACAAGACACCGGCACGCAGCUACAAGGAGAUUAUGCAGACGCAGCAACUGGAACAGGAACGCGCUGAAGUAGUGCGUAAGAUCCAGCAGAAACGCGAAGAGCAGGAGCAACAGCAGACACAGAGCCAAGAGCUACAAGAAAUGGACGCGACACCCAAGAGACGACGUAAGCGGAUGCGUUGGGACCAGGAAGCCCCAGAGAAGACAGAUGGAGAGAGUCAAUCCGAGUGGGACACUGCCUCUGAGAGCUCGUCCAGCUCCCUGGCUGCUACACCCUCCCGUACGGCGUCAAGAUGGGAUGCCACACCUGUCUCGGGGUCUGCGGUGGGCGCUACACCCGGCAGGAAGAACCGCUGGGAUGAAACACCAGUGGCAAACAGUGGAUCGUCCAAAUGGGACGCCACGCCUGUGAAUCUGGGCGGUGUGACUCCUGCAGGGACAGGCAAGCGCUCACGGUGGGAUGAGACCCCUGUCUCGGGUCCAAAUGACAUGGCUACACCUGGAAAAAGUGUACAGAUGACACCCGGUGGGUCCUUGGCUGCAGACAUCAUGAGCGGAGCGCUGACACCGGAGCUAGCGCAGCGUCUGCGCUGGGAACGGGAGAUCGAAGAGCGCAAUCGACCCCUGGCGGAUGAGGAGCUGGACGCACUGUUCCCUGCUACAGGAUACAAGAUUCUGGACCCUCCUGCAUCGUAUGUGCCUAUUCGCACGCCGUCACGGAAGCUGCUUGCCACUCCGACGCCGAUGGGACAGACGCCAGGCUUCGCGAUGCAAGCUACACCCGCGCGUGAAGACUACGGCGUGCCUGUCGGUACCCCGUCGGGUGGUGAUGGCACCAUGCCGUUUAUUAAGCCAGAAGACUACCAGUACUUUGGCAAAUUGAUGGACGAGGUCGAUGAAGAAAACUUGGACCCUGAGGCUGCCAAGGAGCGCAAGAUCAUGCGCUUGUUGCUCAAGAUUAAGAACGGUACGCCGCCGCAACGUAAAACUGCGCUGCGUCAGCUUACAGACAAGGCGCGUGAGUUUGGUGCUGGAGCGUUGUUCAACCAGAUCUUGCCGUUGCUUAUGGCUCCCACACUGGAGGACCAGGAGCGUCACUUGCUGGUCAAAGUAAUUGACCGCGUGCUGUACAAGCUUGACGACCUGGUUCGUCCGUACGUUCACAAGAUCUUGGUGGUGAUUGAGCCUCUACUGAUUGACGAAGACUACUACGCGCGUGUGGAAGGCCGUGAGAUCAUCUCGAACCUUGCGAAGGCUGCCGGACUGGCGACGAUGAUUUCCACGAUGCGUCCGGAUAUCGAUAUCGACGACGAGUAUGUCCGUAACACGACGGCACGUGCCUUUGCCGUGGUGGCCUCAGCGCUGGGUAUUCCUGCCUUGCUGCCGUUCUUGAAGGCGGUUUGCCAGUCGCGAAAGUCGUGGCAAGCUCGACACACGGGUAUCAAGAUCGUGCAACAGGUUGCGAUCCUUAUGGGCUGCGCUGUACUGCCGCAUCUUAAGCACCUCGUAGAGAUCAUCGAGCACGGUCUUGAAGACGACCAAAAGGUGCGUACUAUCACUGCUCUGGCUCUGGCUGCACUCGCUGAAGCUGCGCAUCCGUACGGCAUUGAGUCGUUUGACUCGGUGUUGCGUCCGCUGUGGCGUGGUACGAGAAAGCAUCAUGGCAAGGGGUUGGCGGCGUUUCUGAAGGCCAUUGGCUUCAUUAUCCCCCUCAUGGAUGCACAGUAUGCGAACUAUUACACGGUGGAAGUGAUGGAGAUCUUGAUUCGUGAAUUCCAGUCGCCUGAUGAAGAAAUGAAGAAGAUUGUGCUGAAGGUGGUGAAGCAAUGUGUCUCUACUGACGGCGUGGAAGCUUCGUACGUCAAGGAAAAGAUUUUGCCGGAGUUUUUCCGACACUUCUGGGUUCGACGUAUGGCGCUGGACCGACGCAACUAUCGGCAGCUAGUGGAGACGACGGUGGAGCUUGCGAAUAACGUGGGAGCGAGCGAGAUUAUCUCGCGAGUGGUGGAUGACCUCAAGGAUGAGAGUGAACCGUACCGCCGCAUGGUCAUGGAAGCGAUCCAGAAGAUUAUCUCGAAUUUGGGCGCUACGGAUAUCGGGACGGAUCUCGAAGAGAAGCUGAUUGACGGCAUCCUGUAUGCCUUCCAGGAGCAAACGUCCGACGAUACGUUUGUCAUGCUGAAUGGCUUUGGCAUUGUCGUGAACGCGCUUGGAAUCCGCGCGAAGAACUACUUGCCGCAGAUUUGCGGUACCAUCAAGUGGCGGCUGAAUAACAAACCGGCGAAGGUUCGCAUGCAAGCGGCUGACCUGAUUAACCGGAUUGCCGUGGUCAUGAAGACGUGCGAUCAGGAGCCGUUGAUGGGACACAUGGGUGUUGUGCUGUACGAGUAUCUUGGAGAAGAGUACCCGGAGGUGCUGGGUAGCAUUCUGGGAGCGCUCAAAGCUAUUGUCAAUGUGAUCGGGAUGAGUAAAAUGACCCCGCCGAUCAAGGAUCUGCUGCCUCGACUUACUCCGAUCCUUAAAAAUCGCCACGAGAAGGUUCAAGAGAACUGUAUCGACCUCGUUGGACGUAUUGCCGACCGUGGCGCGGACUUGGUAUCAGCUCGAGAGUGGAUGCGCAUCUGUUUCGAACUCCUGGAUAUGCUUAAAGCCCACAAGAAAGGCAUCCGUCGUGCUGCUGUCAACACGUUUGGAUACAUUGCCAAGGCGAUUGGUCCUCAGGACGUGCUGCACACUUUGCUGAAUAAUUUGAAGGUCCAAGAACGACAGAAUCGUGUGUGUACUACUGUAGCCAUUGCUAUUGUGGCCGAGACGUGCUCGCCGUUCACCGUGGUGCCAGCUCUUAUGAACGAAUACCGUGUGCCAGAGCUGAAUGUGCAGAACGGUGUGCUAAAGGCGUUCUCGUUCAUGUUCGAGUACAUUGGAGAGAUGGGCAAGGACUACAUUUACGCGGUGGCUCCGCUACUGCAGGACGCGCUGAUGGACCGCGACUUGGUGCAUCGUCAAACGGCGUGCACGACGGUCAAGCAUUUGGCGCUGGGUGUUGCUGGUUUGGGUUGCGAGGAUGCGCUGGUGCACCUGCUCAACUUUGUGUGGCCGAACAUUUUUGAAACGUCUCCGCACGUGAUCAACGCGGUGUUUGAGGCCGUGGAAGGCUGUCGCGUGGCGUUGGGUCCGCACGUGAUCCUGCAGUAUGUUCUACAGGGCCUGUUCCACCCGGCGCGCCGCGUGCGUGAAGUCUACUGGAAGAUCUACAACUCGCUGUACAUGUACGCUCAGGACGGACUGACACCCGCCUACCCGGUCCUGGAGGACGACGGCGUAAACUCGUACAACCGCACCUACCUGGAGCUUUGCAUUUAGGCUGCAUUAGUCUAUCCACAUGUAAUUUGCCAAGCGAGAUAUAUCCGAUGGCUGGUGCC